UGGUGGAGUCUAAUGAUCAGAAAGGGCUACGAGCUGAUUUGUGAAGGAGCUUCUCAAGAUGAGCCCAGCUCUCUGGGACAUUGUAUCUUCUCUGCAGAGAAGUGGAACAUUUAUCAACACUUUAAUUGCUGCUUUGACUAUCUGUGGGCAACAACUCUUCUCCUCUUUCACAUUCAGUUGUCCCUGUCAGGUUGGGAAAAAUUUCUACUAUGGUUCUGCUUUUCUGAUCAUUCCUGCCUUAAUCCUUCUGGUUGCCGGCUUUGCUCUGAGAAGCCAGACGUGGACAAUCACCAGUGAAUACUGCUGCAGCUGUGUCCCUCAGCUCCGGAGAAUCAGCCUCCUGGAGCGCAAGCUGGCUUGCCUUCGCUUCUUCAGCAUCACCGGAAGGGCACUUGUUGCUCCAUUAACGUGGCUGGCGAUGACCCUGCUGACAGGCACGUACUACGAAUGUGCAGCAAGUGAAUUCGCAUCUGUGGACCGUUACCGAGCGUUUGACAAUAUUAGUGCCGGCGAACAGCAGGAGAUCCUAGCCGGGUUUCCAUGCUGCAGAUCAGUUCCAUCCAAUAUGAUCCCGGUCAGAGAUGAAGUAGCUCUUCUACACAAAUACCAGUCACAGAUGCUGGGCUGGAUUCUGAUCACCUUGGCAACCAUCACUGCCCUAGUCUCCUACUCUUUGGCGAGGUGCUGCUCACCCCUCACCUCCCUGCAGCACCGCUACUGGACCAACCACCUCCACAAUGAGAGGGAGCUGUUUGAACAAGCUGCGGCACAGCAUUCACGGCUCCUCAUCCUGCAGCGUAUAAAGAAGCUAUUUGGCGUCAUUCCUGGAAAUGAAGAUGUCAGACACAUCCAUAUUCCUUCAUGUCGGGACUGGAGAGAGAUGUCAGUCCCCAGCUUUCUCUGCAUGGGUAAUGACGUCCAAGGUAACUACAGCUUCCUUGGAGGCAGGGUGGAUGAAGAUAAUGAGGAAGGCAGAUCAGGAGGUAUUGAAUUAAAACCUUAAUCAUAGCACCUUUCACAAUUCAAAUAUUUUAUUUUUAUAAGGACAAAAUUUCCAUGUAAUCCCUUCAUCUUUUUCUCUCUCUUCUGAUAUUUGUUUAUGUCAGUUCAUCUGAAAUGCUAUUUCCGAAAUCAAUUUAUCUGAUCAUGGUAACAAUUUCUCGUUUUGAAAUUUCACUGAUGGUCUUGUAGUGCAUAUAUUAGCCUGAUUUUUUUUUUACAAA